GUUUGUGAACCUCCCCUUUACUGUUGUCUGUCUUAUCGUUUCACUUCUGCAUACUUCGGAAAGUGCAUCCAGUAUUUUUUUUAAUACUCCAACCUUGUGAUUAAAAAGUGCCAAUCGUUGAAUUUUCCAUUGAAAUAUGUUUGCUUGGGACAGGAUGCGAAGAACUCCGAUUCCUUAGAAGUAGCUGAAUGAAACGAAAUGAGGAGAUAAAAAGCAAAUAUUGCGGGGUGAUGGAAAACAGACAAUGUGCUUCGAUGGAAACGCCUCAGGACGAUGUUCCACUACAGCCGAUGGCAUUUACUGUCACAUUCAGUUCUCCCAAAACAGUGAACAACAAAUUUUUAAAGAGGCACAGCAGAAACCUUUCCUUACCUGUAGUUAAAGUUUAUGAUGGUGAUAACAUAGCAGAAACAGUAACCAAUGGAAAGUUGAAAAAACCAGGAAACCACUCAGAAGGCUACUUUUCAAGUGAUCCAGAGGAUGAACACGGAAAGACCAGCUCUAAAAUAGAGACAAAUUUAGAUGCUUAUGCUUCACCACCUGAAGUAGAUUUGUCUAUCGUCAUGGGCGCAGAACAAGUUGAGGAAGAAAGUUCAGAUUCAGGCAGUGAAACUGGAACUUACACCAUUGACAAAGAAACUCCAGAGAUUGUCACUGCUAGGCUCAGCAUUGAUGCUAAUUAUGGCAUUGACACAAGUAUUAACAAUAAGCAUGAUUCUACUGCUUGGGUAAGUGAAUGGGCAUCGACAACUCUCAACCAUAAAAAUUCUUACAAUGUUUCAAAUGUAAAUAAUCCACCAACGAAAAUUGUAAAAGCUUCAAACAUUGUUAGUAAGAUUCCUUCUCCAAUGGCAACUCGAGCAACCCUUGGUUCGAGAGGGAAAAUAAACAAUAAUGUGUCUUCUUUGAAAUCUAAUGAUCUUUCUUUACAAAAAAAAGAGCAAGCGAACGAAGCCAGUUAUGACACUGAAUGUUACCUGAAAGCGACUGAAAAAAUGAUGACGGCCAUCGAGGCAAGAAUGUGCCUUUCAUUGGACUCCGGAGGAGAGUCUGAAAAUGAUUCUAAGUGUACAAAAAAAUCCCUCCAACGAUCAGACAGUAGCGCCAGUGAAUCUGGGUCCAAGUCGCAAGCCUCGACAGUAAGUAGGUACAACAGAGCAUUUAGCCUUCGUCGAGGGAGGCUAGACGUAGAAAAGAAAGCUGAACCGCAGCCCAGAGUCAGUAAAUUUGAAAUUCCUCCCCAACGGUCGACCUCGUCAGUACGAUCCAAGCCGACCACUCCAGCUCUUCCUCCACAAUCAUGCCUAUCACGGACUGACAAUGUCAGGCUUAGCAUGAGAGCACCAAAACAUUCUGUUCAGUCGCCAAUUUUAUCAGGUCCAAAAAAUGAUACCACUAGCACAAAAAAGAAAUCAUUAGGUGGAGGAAGAAGUAAUUCAACUCUAUCAUCUAAAGAAGUUGAAUUCCAAAACUGGAAAAGACGAAAAAACUAUGAUCCGAUAAAGGCGGCGGCAGCGGGUAAAAAGAAAGAGGUCCCUUCCAAAAAAUCGCCUUUUAACUCCAUAUCACAAUCAGCGACUGCUGCUGGAUCAGCACCUAAAAGCCCUGUUGCCUCAGUGCUGAGAUCGGCGUCCUUUCACGGCACAAGACAGCUUUCUGCAGGCCCCUCUUCAUCUGAAGAUGAGGAGGACAUCACACUGUCUGCUGAAGAUGAAGAUUGGCCUAAAGCACCCAAGACCUCGCUAGAAAACACUCCAAGGGAUAGUCAAGUAUCUCUGUUUAGUAAUAGCCCCAAUUCGCCCCGAGCUAGACACAAACUAGAGGGUGUCGAUAAUCUAGUAGUUUCAGCAAUAUCCAAUCUUUCUAGUAAAUUAAAAGUGAAUGCAAGUUCAUUACUAAAAAAAUUAAGGUAUUUGUAUGAUGAAGAGAGUGAUAAAUACAAGGCUCUUUCAAUUGAACUGGAACAGCUUGAACUCCAUGAUAAUUCAGGUUCUCCUCAGAAAUCGUCUUCAAGAGAAUUGGCACUUACAUUAAAAAAUUUAAAACGAAUCGAUACGACUCUUAAAGUUCUAAACGAAGUUCUUUUUGACAACGUAGACUACGAAUGAAUCGUGUAUUUGUAUGAAAGCAACCUUGGAAAUUGUCAAAUGUGAUUACCAAAUUUUAUAUAUUAGUAUUUACAUUAAGUGCUUUUAUAAGGCCCGUAAUAUUAUUAUUUUAUAUCCAAUAAUAUCUAAUUAUAUAAUAUAUAAAUAUAAUUAUAUAUACAAUGUACCUACAUAUAACAUAACGUAUAGAAAUGUUUUAUAUACAAUCAUAAAUACCAUGUUUUUAAUGUAAUAUUCAUUGAUAGUUUACAAAAGAAGUCAUGAAUAUGUCAUAGAUAUAAUAAAUAUGUUAUAUUUUUUUACUGAUUUGUGAUAUUUGGUUUGCCAAAAUAGCUAAUUAUUAAAUAUUUAAUAACUAAUCACAAAUCAACUAAAAAAACACAAAAGUUUGCUGCAUAUAAGAUAUAAUAUACGAACAAAAGUCCAGUUAUAUUGCAGUCACCAAGUAUUGGAAAUUUUUUAUUUUUAUUUUAGCAUUUAAAGUAUAUUUAUGUUUUCUUCUAUUGACUACCGAAUAUUUAUAAUUAACUACUUAUUGCAUAAAACAAUAGUUAAAUAUAAAUCAUUCUGUUAAUGAGCAGUUUUUUAAUUUUAUUUUUAUAUAACUUCAAAUUGUUGUACAUCCCUGAAAAAAGUAAUCCUUUUACUUUAAAGUUUUAUUUAAUAUAUUUGUUGCCUUAUUUGACUCACAUAGUAGCCUUUAUUUUUUUGUAACUUUGAUCUGCCUAAGGAUAAUUCUCAGAAAAAAUUGAACAAGUUUUGUGAAGAAUAAUCAAUAAAGGGAUUUUAUUGUUUGUA